AAAAUAUCAAAAUGUCAUGGAUUAGUAAAUCUGAUGCCUCUGUCAACAGCUACAAGCCUGGGGCAACUCCAAAGAAUGAGCGUAAACGAAUGCAAAAUGCUACAACAAAUAGUAGCAAGUGAGGGAGAUGGAGUAGAAGAUGAGAUUUGUUUCAGCAAACUAGAAUAUUUGAAGCUUGAUCGUUUACCAUGCCUUGCAAGCUUCUGCUCAGGUAAUCAUGCCUUCAAUUUCCCAUCUUUGGAAACAAUAAUUGUUACAGAAUGCCCCAAGAUGAAGUUUUUUGCUCAAGGAGUGUUAAGCACACCAAAGCUUCUAAGAGUACGAACAAAAUGGUGUCAUUUGGAGGAUAAUUGGCGUUGGGAAGGCAACCUUAAUGACACAAUACAAGAGUUAUUCAUGGAAAUGGGUGAUGAAUAAAAAUGAGGGCAAUCUUUCUUUUGCACAAAUUGGAUUGGAAUGAGGCUGAUGCUGCAGUUAGAUGCCUUUCGUUCGUGCAAUUGUUUCAUGGAUUUGAGAUUUAAAUAGCAAGAGGGCCUUAUGUUCCUGAAUUUCUACAGCCAUGUAUAUUUUUCCAAACUGUUGUGUUCCCAUUUUCAGAGUGUAACGUUUGGAUCUGUGAGGGAUUCUAUAGCGUAAAUAAUUGAGCAAGACGACUGAAUAA